CAUCCGACAUAAAUUCCCUCCCUCCCUUUUCCUUAAAAACUCCAAAUAUUUUCUCGGGAACCAAACAGAAAAUCCCACCAACAUUUCAACUUCAUCAUGCAACAACAAUUCUAGCAUCAAAAUUUUUAAAAACCUUCAAUCUUUCACCAAUGGGGUCUGCAACUUCCUCGAUGGCCGCCAAGUUCGCGUUCUACCCGCCCGACCCACCGUCAUACAGCGUGUAUUCUGACGAGGUCGGCAAAUUGAGAAUCUCGACCGUGGAGGAGAGAGAAAAUGUGGAUGUUUUGAGGACGAGGACUAGGAGAGGGAACGAGAUUGUGGCUAUGUAUGUGAAGGCUUCUUGUUCUUCCUUCACAGUGCUUUAUUCCCAUGGAAAUGCUGCAGAUCUUGGCCAGAUUCACCAUCUUCUCGUUCAACUUAGUUUCCAUUUGGGUGUCAACAUCAUGGGAUAUGAUUAUUCUGGCUAUGGACAGUCUUCUGGAAAGGCAAGUGAACAAGACACAUACGCCGACAUAGAAGCAGCCUACAAAUGCUUGCAAGAAACAUACGGCGUUAAAGAAGACCAAACAAUUCUGUACGGCCAGUCUGUCGGCAGUGGGCCCACACUGGAGUUAGCCACGCGGCUGCCGGCGGUGAGGGCCGUCGUCCUCCACAGCCCAAUUCUCUCCGGCCUCCGUGUUCUCUAUCCUCCUCUCAAGAAGACUUUCUGGUUCGACAUUUACAAGAACAUCGACAAGAUUCCGCUUCUUGAUUGUCCAGUUUUGGUGAUUCAUGGAACCGAAGAUAAAGUUGUGGAUUGUUCCCAUGGAAAGCAGUUGUGGGAGCUUUGCAAAGACAAGUACGAACCCUUAUGGCUCAAAGGAGGCAGUCAUUGUGACUUAGAACUUUACCCACAAUACUUAAAUCACCUUCGCAAGUUCAUAUCCGCCAUACAAACACUACGUCCAAUCAACAAGGUUGACGAACAUGAUCAUAAACCACCACCGACCACCGAUCAAAAGGACAAAUCUCGAGCUACCCAUAAGUCGAGAAACAGCGUAGAUCGGUUGCUAAAGGCAAAGAACAACGUAGAUCCAUCGGAAAGACCACGGAAUAGCUUUGACCGCUUGGGAGAUAUAGUGCGGUCUGUUGGGUUGUGCAACGUCGACUGUUUGAAGCACGAGGUAGCCGAAGCUUGAUAUCGAAAAAUGUAAAUGGCUAUCUUCGUUGGAUUUAAUGGUUUAAUUGUUCUUAUCGAAUUAUAUGUCGUCCAUUUUUAGUUGAUAUCGUUA